CAACCCUUCACCACACUCCCGCCCAAGGAACACGCUUACACUCGACCCUGUGCCGCCAUCGACGAGCAAGUGCGAGUAGCAGUCGCGCAGCCGCAUUGUCCUCGCAUUAAAAUUAGACGCACGCUGCCGUCGCCCGGGCACCUUGGCACCGGCCGCCACAACAGACACAUUCCAGCGUGGCAAAGCCGACCCAACACCAGUGCAAGCGUCGCCAUUGCCCGUCCCCCAUCCCCGAGCUAGGCUUUUGCGCGCCCCCCGAGCAGCAGAGAGCGAGACGAGCCCGGUUCCGACGCCCUUUUCACCCCUCCCGCGCAAUCGCAGCGCCUGGCUACGCCGCCGACCCGCGUUGCUCUGCCCCCUUUCCGUUCCGGCUGGCCCUCUGCGCUGUAACCUGCAUACACCAUGGCCGUCUCCAUCCAGGACCGUACAGACGAGUUCCGCUCCAUCCUGGCCCAGGCCCAGCGGCGGCAAGCGCAGUCCAAGACGGGCGCGCAGAGGCAGUCGCUGCUGACGGCACAGGAAAAGGCACAGGCGAACCCCAGCCCGCGGCGCCAGCGCUCCGAGUUUGCGCGCAAUGCAGCCGACGUUGCGCGGGGUGUCGCGAGCACCAUGCAGAAGCUGGAGCGCCUGUCGCAGCUGGCCAAGCGCAAAACGCUCUUCGACGACCGGCCUGUCGAGUUUGACGAGCUCACGUUUGUCAUCAAGCAGGACAUGGCUGCGCUGUCUGGCCAGGUGCAGGCGCUGCAGCAGAUGAACGCCAAGCUGCACCCCAAGGCGAAGCCCGGUGUGGAUCAAGAGGGCGAGCACAACAGCAAUGUUGUCAUGCUGCUAAAGGACAAGCUGCAGAACGUGGGCACCAAUUUCAAGGACGUGCUGGAGGUGCGCACCAAGAACAUGCAGGCAUCACGCUCGCGGACAGAGCAGUUUCUCUCGACGGCCACACAACAAUCCCGCAGCAGCCUCGACCCCGGCCGCACCGACUCGCCACUGUACCAGACGCCGCAGCGAGGACGAUCGCCGGGAGGAUUUGGCAGAAACACCAGUGCAGUGCAGCAGGACCUGCUUUCGCUCGAGCCCUCGGGAUCGUCUGCUCUGACGCGGGGCGGGGCGCAGUCGGACGCACAGCUGCUGCUCAUGGAAGAGGCCCAACCACAGAACACGUACAUCCAAGAGCGGGGACGAGCGAUUGAGUCGAUUGAGUCGACGAUUCAGGAGCUCGGCGGCAUCUUCAGCCAGCUCGCGCAGAUGGUGCAGGAGCAAGGCGAGCAGAUUCAGCGCAUCGACGCCAACACCGAGGACGUUGUGGACAACGUCGAGGGUGCGCAGCGAGAGCUGAUGAAGUACUGGAGCCGCGUGCAGGGCAACCGCUGGCUCGUUGCCAAGAUGUUUGGAGUGCUAAUGAUAUUUUUCCUACUUUGGGUACUCAUUUCCGGGUAGACUUGUGUACGUUUUGAUGCUUGUGCAUGACUGGCGUUGAGCAAGACGAUAAGAGGCGGUACGGGGCCGGCCCGGCAGUGUGCUGGCAACGCCCUUUGGCCAUGGGUGUUUUCUGUUGUUUCGUUUCUGUUGUGUAUGUGAUUGACAUUAUCUUCUCCUGUUCAUUUUUUUGGUCGUGUGCACGUGCGGUGCAUGCAUGGACGAUUGCACGCGGAACGAGCGGGCGACCUAGUCAUUUGUAAUAGACGCGCAAUCAGAGUUUGGCCUUGAUUUCAG